UAAACGCAACGCGACUUAGUACACAUCGUCAUUGAGAGAUCUCGAAGCUCGGGUUGGAUCACGGAGAUCGCUUUAGCGAAAUGCAUAAUAUUGAACAGAUUCUACGAGAGCUGCAGCGUUUUUCAUGGCCCGACUAUGUCGCAUUUGUGGCCAUGUUUCUCCUCUGCAUUGGCAUUGGCAUCUACUUUGGAUUCAUGAAGAGAUCCGUCUCCGAGGAUGAUUACAUGUUGGGUGGCCGCAAAAUGUUAGUGGUGCCCAUCGCCUUCUCACUGGUGGCCAGCUUCAUUUCGGGCAUCACGUUGCUGGGUCUACCCACCGAAGUGUAUUCGUAUGGCAUACAGUAUCUGUAUGUGGCCCUCGGAGUCCUCGGCAUGGUCUUUGUGAUGGGUGUCUUUUAUUUGCCAGUGUUUCAUGAUCUAAAUAUUACGUCCACUUAUGAGUAUUUGGAACUACGCUUUGAUCGUCGUCUGCGUCUAUUCGGGUCCGUAAUGUUUUCCAUAAUGAAUAUAGCCUAUCUGCCCAUUGUGAUCUACGUGCCGGCGCUUGCCUUCAAUCAGGUAACCGGAGUAGGAGUCCACACCAUCACUCCCAUAGUGUGCAUAAUAUGCGUGUUUUACACCAGCAUGGGUGGCCUCAAGGCCGUCGUCUGGACCGAUGUGGUGCAGGCGGUGUCCAUGUUGGGUGCUCUCGCACUGGUUGCCAUCAAAGGAAGCAUGGAUAUAGGCGGCGCCAGUGUCGUAAUAGAGCGUGCCUGGAACUCAAAUAGAAUUGAGGCACCUGAUCUCAGCAUUGAUCCCACAGUACGUCAUACAUUUUGGUGUUUGUUCGUUGGUGGCAUUUUCUACUGGACUCAGACCAAUGCAGUUUCCCAGAAUAUGAUACAGCGCUAUCUAUCAUUGCCUACUUUGGCAGAUGCUCGUAAGGCAUUAUUCAUAUUUUGUGCAGGAGUUCUAAUCCUGAUGGCCCUGAGCGGAUACAACGGACUACUUAUCUAUGCCACAUAUCAAAACUGUGAUCCGCUUACGACCAAGCUGGCCAAGGCUCGGGAUCAGCUUUUGCCGCUCUUCGUCAUGGACACGCUGGGUGAGAUACCGGGCAUGACCGGUCUAUUUAUUGCGGGCGUGUUUAGUGCUGCUCUUAGCUCUCUGUCCACUUGCCUGAACUCCAUGUCGGCUGUAGUACUGGAGGACUUUGUGAAACCAUAUGUCAAGCAACCACUUUCGAAUUUCACCACAACUUGGAUCAUGCGUAGUGUGGUAUUGGGUAUUGGUAUACUUUGUGUGGCUCUAGUCUAUGUGGUUCAGCAUAUGGGCACUGUGCUCCAACUGACCAUGAGUCUGGAGUCAAUAACAAAUGGUCCGCUGUUUGGCAUCUUUACAUUGGGAAUAUUCAUGCCCUGGAUCAAUGGCAAUAGUGCAUUGCUGGGCGGCUGUGUGGGCGCCAUUGUUAUGUUUUGGGUUAGUCUGAAUGCACAGUGGGCAAUUGCUUCGGGCGCCAUUCGUUACCAGACUAAGCCAUUAAACGUUGAGCAAUGCAGCUACAGUUUUGAUGCAGCUGCUUUAGUGAGCAGUUCCAUUAAUGCCACUCAUUUAAGUGGACCCUCGGUGGAGGACGUAUUUCCAUUGUACCGCAUCUCCUACAUGUGGUACACCGCCUUGGGCGCAAUGGUUACAAUAAUCGUUGCACUGCUCAGCGCUUUCAUCUUUGGCACUAAUAAUCCCAACCAAAUUGAUCCAGCACUGCUCACACCUUGUAUUCGCAAGUUUUAUAAGUUUGAAUCUCACAAGCCAACGGACGCUUAUAAGGUCGACAUUCCGCUGCCGCAUAAGCUACGCAUUGACGAGGUGGCUCUUUAAUUAGUCGUAAUUUUAAUUGAAUACACACAUUGUUAAUAAACACAACUAAAAUAUAUACCUUGGAAAAUGGAGUGUCCAAUUUAUUUUAACAUGAAAUCUGAAAAGUUGUCUACUAAGUAGCUCUAAGUUAGAAUUAAUUAUUUGUUUUGUUUUAAGCAAAUAAUUGUAAUUGUUAAAGGGUUAAGUUAGAGGGCUGCUCCAAAUUAAAUCCAGUGAC